CCGCAACGCCGCAAAAUGGUGCUGCAGCUCGAGUCGUUGGUCACAAACACGACGUUCGGCCAUGUCUUCCACGCCACGAACGCAGGCGUCUCGUACGCCGUCAAGCAGUACACGGAGGUGUGCUACGAAGCAACAGCUGAGCUCCGCGUCGCAAAGGCGCUCGCCAACGAUGCGCCGCACCCGCAUUUGGUGCACAUCAUCGACUGCUUCUACCAGCACGACAUGGUCCACCUCGUCUUGGAGUACUGCAGCGGCGGCGACUUGUACGAAUAUUUGCAUCGACGGCCGACGCUCGCCUCCAGUGACGCCCGACGUAUCUUUGACCAAGUGGUCGCUGGCCUGCAUCAGCUGCACCAAUGCGGUUUUGCACACCGCGAUAUCUCGCUCGAAAACAUCCUCUUGGACGAACACGGCGACUGCAAGCUCUGCGAUUUCGGUCUCGCGGUCCCCGCUCACGAAACCAGCGACGCGGUUGUCGGCAAGCCUUAUUAUAUGGCGCCCGAAGUCUACGCCGGCCGACCGUACGACCCCGCAGCCGCCGACAUGUGGAGCCUCGGGAUCCUCCUCUUCAUGCUCGUCACCGGCGUGCCCAUGAUCCGUGCGCCGUCGGAUGCCGACGGCGGGUACCGCAUCGUUGCGCAGCAAGGCGUCAAGGCGCUCCUCAAGCUCUGGAACAUGCAGACUCUCUUUUCAAAAGAUUUGGUCGAUGUGCUCGACGGCUUACUGACGGUGAACCCCAAGCGCCGCCUCACGAUGCGCCAACUCCGCGCCAAGUUGCAGCCCAAGUGCUCAUGGCGACGCAAGCUCGCUUUGUGGUUUUAGAGGCCACAUGUGUCGUUAUUUAGAAAGACAAUUUAUUUAUUUACAAUGACAAA